GCCAGGGAAGAGGAGGAGGAGGAGGAGGCGGCGGUGAAGCCGAGCUGCCAUCCGCCACCGCCGCGCGCACACACACAGACACAGAGGCGCGCGCACAGGGAUAGAGGCGCAGAGAGAGAGCGCGAGAGAGGCAGAGGCAGAGAGGCUGCCGUAUUGUUAUUAUCCUUGUAGGCGAAGCGAGGAGGUGCCACUUGCAGAGAGGAGGAAGACGGGCAGCAGAAAGUGAGGCUGCUAUGCAGAGGAGCCGGCGCCGAGGAGGCAGCAGCAGCAGCGGCAGAGGCAGUGCCAGGAGGGCGCACUUGGAGACCCAUUGAAAAGAAAAGGGAGAAGAAGGAGGAGGAGGAGGAGGAGGAGGGAUCUGUAUCUUGAUCUAUACCCCGCGAGGAAUAGAGACACAGAGAGACACCCGGCCUGUUUGCUUGCGUCCCCUUCGUCGGCCUUCGCCUGGCUCCCUGCGAAGAGGACUUCGCUGCCUCCUCCUCCUCCUCCUCCUCCAUGUGCCGGAUAACGGGAGCCCCGCCGCCGCUGCUGGUGCUGGCGCUGGCGGCCCUGCAGCAGGCACCUAUAAAGGCAACUUGUGAAGAAGGCACAUUAUGCAAGCCUGGAUUUCCUGAAGACGUUUACAAUGCAGUCAUAUCCAGAGGGGUACAUGCAGGACAGCCUCUUCUGAAUGUAAGAUUUAGAAGCUGUGAAGGAAGCAGAAAAGUCUAUUUUGAAAGCAGCAUACCAGCAGAUUUUAGAGUGGGUGAAGAUGGUGUGGUGUAUGCAGCUAGAAGCUUUCAACUUUCUCCAGAACCUACUGAAUUCCACCUAUAUGCUAAUGACAAAGAAACCAAGGAACAAUGGCAAGUGGUGGUGAAACUAGCUCUUGAGCCAGAAGAUUCUGUGAAGGAGCAAAAGAAAAUGGAAGACAUAGUAUUUCCAAGACAGCCAAAUAAGCACAGUGGCCAUCUGCAAAGACAGAAGAGAGACUGGGUCAUUCCUCCAAUCAACUUGCCAGAAAACUCUAGAGGGCCCUUUCCUCAGGAAUUAGUUAGGAUCAGAUCUGAUCGUGAUAAAAGCCUUUCCCUGCGAUACAGUGUUACUGGGCCAGGAGCUGAUCAACCCCCCACAGGCAUUUUUAUCAUUAACCCCAUCUCAGGUCAACUGUCAGUGACAAAACCAUUAGAUCGGGAGCAAAUUGCUUCUUUUCACCUGAGGGCACACGCUGUGGAUGUAAAUGGAAACCAGGUGGAAAAUCCCAUCGACAUUGUCAUUAAUGUCAUUGAUAUGAAUGACAAUAGGCCUGAGUUCUUACACCAGGUUUGGAAUGGGACAGUUCCUGAAGGAUCAAAGCCAGGAACCUAUGUCAUGACAGUCACUGCUAUUGAUGCUGAUGACCCAAAUGCAUUGAAUGGAAUGCUGAGAUACAGAAUUUUGUCACAAGCUCCAAGUACCCCUUCCCCAAACAUGUUUACAAUCAACAAUGAAACAGGUGACAUUAUCACAGUUGCUGCUGGACUGGACAGAGAGAAAGUACAACAGUAUACGUUAAUAAUUCAAGCUACAGACAUGGAAGGAAAUCCAACAUAUGGUCUUUCAAACACAGCAACUGCUGUCAUCACAGUGACAGAUGUCAAUGACAAUCCUCCAGAGUUCACGGCUGUGACUUUCUAUGGCGAAGUCCCUGAAAACAGAGUUGAUGUGAUAGUAGCUAAUCUGACAGUGACUGAUAAGGAUCAGCCCCAUACGCUUGCCUGGAAUGCAAUGUAUCGAAUGACUAGUGGGGAUCCUACAGGCCGGUUUACCAUUCUUACUGAUCCAAACAGCAAUGAUGGGUUGGUAACUGUUGUGAAGCCUAUUGAUUUUGAGACCAAUAGGAUAUUUGUACUGACAGUAGCUGCAGAAAACCAAGUGCCUUUGACAAAAGGAAUUCAGCACCCUCCUCAGUCAACAGCAACUGUAUCCAUUACAGUUAUUGAUGUGAAUGAGAGCCCAAUUUUUGUCCCAGUCACAAAGCUUGUGCGUCAAGAGGAAGGACUGCCAUCUGGUAAUGUCUUAACAUCUUUCACUGCUCAGGAUCCAGAUCGUUACAUGCAGCACACCACACUGAGGUACUCAAAACUCUCAGAUCCUGCAAACUGGCUGAAGAUUGAUCCCAUAAAUGGUCAGAUAACAACAAUUGGUGUUUUGGACAGAGAGUCACCACAUGUCAAACAUAACAUGUAUAAUGCUACUUUCCUUGCCUCAGAUAAUGGAAUCCCACCAAUGAGUGGCACUGGUACACUUCAGAUAUAUCUGCUUGACAUCAAUGAUAAUGCUCCCCGAGUGGAUCCUCAAGAAGCUACAACCUGUGAAACAUUACAACCCAAUGCUACAAACAUCACAGCAAUAGAUGAUGACAUUGAUCCCAAUGCCGGACCAUUCGCCUUUGAGCUGCCAAAUACUCCACCCAGCGUUAAGAAAAACUGGACUAUUAUUCGUAUUAGUGGUGAUCGUGCCCAGUUGGCCUUAAAAAUCAAGUUCCUUGAGGCUGGAAUCUAUGACGUUCCAAUAAUAAUAACAGAUUCUGGAAAUCCUCCCAUGUCCAGCACUUCUAUUCUGAAGGUGAAGGUCUGCCAAUGUGAUUUAAAUGGAGACUGUACAGAUGCAGACAGGAUCGUAGGCGCAGGACUGGGUACAGGUGCCAUCAUUGCAAUUCUCCUCUGCAUCAUCAUAUUACUCAUUCUAGUGCUUAUGUUUGUGGUUUGGAUGAAGCGUCGUGAUAAGGAGCGUCAAGCCAAACAGUUGCUCAUUGACCCUGAAGAUGAUGUAAGGGAUAAUAUCUUGAAGUAUGAUGAAGAAGGUGGUGGAGAAGAAGACCAGGACUAUGAUUUAAGUCAGCUCCAACAGCCUGAUACUAUAGAGCCAGAUGCCAUCAAACCUGUUGGAAUAAGACGGCUUGAUGAAAGACCUAUCCACGCAGAACCUCAGUAUCCAGUCAGAUCAGCGGCUCCUCAUCCUGGUGACAUUGGAGACUUCAUUAAUGAGGGACUUAAAGCAGCAGACAAUGACCCUACAGCACCUCCUUAUGACUCCCUCCUAGUCUUUGACUAUGAGGGGAGUGGUUCCACCGCUGGAUCAUUGAGUUCCCUCAACUCUUCAAGUAGUGGUGGAGAGCAAGACUAUGACUACCUAAACGACUGGGGCCCACGUUUCAAGAAACUUGCUGAUAUGUAUGGGGGGAGGCGAUGA